AUGGCCGCUCCUGCCCGCACCUUUCUCGCCUACCAGCAUGAUGCGCAUCUCCACACUCUCGAAACUGUGGUGAUAGCAGUGCACUCAUUUCCCUCUCUCGGAGAAUCAAACCGCCAGCUCUUCAAGGAUGGCACUGAAAAUGACCAUGCAAUCAUCACAGAGAAGACAAUCUUCCAUCCGCAAGGCGGCGGCCAGCCCUCCGACACCGGCGUGAUGAAAGGACCCGCCGGAAGAUUCACUGUCACGGCAGUGCGUAUGACCAACGAUGGCCAGGUACUUCACCUCGGCCAAUUCGAAGGCUCGACCUUCAAUACGGGUGAAAAUAUCAAUCAGGAAAUUGACGUCGGCAAGCGUCUACUUUUCUCCCGUCUCCAUACAGCGGGCCACGUCCUUGGUGCCGCAGUCCGGCAUCUUCUGGAGAAAGAAAUCGAGAAUUUCGAUGAAUUGAAAGCGUCGCAUUUCCCAGACUCGGCGGCUUGUGAGUUUCAGGGUUCUAUUGAGGGAAAAUGGAAGGAUGAGAUUCAGAAGAGGUUGGAUGAGUAUAUUGCGGCCAAGAUGCCGGUUCAAGUGGAGUGGUGGGAUGAAGAUGAUUUCAGGGCGAAAGGAUUGGAACGAUUGAUUCCGGACCGUAGUUUGGUGCCGCCGGGUGAGAAGUCGCGCGUCGUGAAUAUUGUUGGGGCGGAGGUUUACCCUUGCGGAGGGACGCAUGUUGAUACGACUGAUUUGUGUGGCCCGACUAUUGUCAAAAAGAUUUCGAGGAAGUCGGGGAAUUCGAGAGUCAGCUAUGUGGUUAGCUGA